GACCGCUUCUAAACGAGAACAUCAGUGAUCUCGUGAUCUCGGUGUAAGAUGGAAGUAAUCCCUACGUUCAGUGGUAUCCAAUUUCGUCAGGCGGUUCCAGCCGAUAGGGAGGCCUUUCGAGAGGCUCUGGCGACGUUGUUCUACGCAGACGAGCCCCUCACCAUCAGCUACUACCAGGGCAGCGAGGUCACCGAUGACGACAUGGCGUACUCAUUGUCCCUCAUCGAAGAGGGAUUUGUUUGGCUGGCUGUGGAGGAAGAAACCGGACAAAUCGUUGGAUUAUCCGGAGGAGAAUUUUGCGAAUCCGACGAGGCGGAGCAGUUGAUCAGUUUGGCGGGUCAAACUGAAUCUAAAAAGUUUGCAGAUAUUCUACGACUAUUGGGAAAGUUGUCGAAGGAAGGCGAUUUAUUCAGAAGAUUCGGAGUAAGCAAGGCUUACCACGUACACUUUUUGGCGGUCCAUUCACGCAUGCGGGGGCGAUCGAUGGGAAAAAUUUUGAUGGAGAAACAAUUCGAAUAUGCCCGGAAAUGUAACGUGAAGGUGGUUUGCGCUGACGUGACUGGUUUCUAUUCGGAAAAGCUAUGCAAGUCUCUGGGAAUGGAAUGCAUUCAAGCAAUUGCUUACAGCACGUUAAAAGAUGAUGCGGGCGAGCCGAUGUUUCUAGCCGAAGAGCCACAUGUGUAUAUACAAAGUAUGGUAAAAAUAUUGUGAUAAAUACUGAAAUCGAUACAAAAUGUGCUUAAAUAUAUGAGUAGUGAAAUUGAUUCACAUGUUGACAAUAAAAAUGACCUAAAAUUGUAUCAGCAUGUUAUAUGGAUCAAAUCAUAUUGGCAAACAGAAUUUAUUGAAGAGCUAUUAUGACAAAAUCGAGAAGAAAGAAUCUGAUGAAUGAUAGUAAACAAUGUGGUAAUACAGUUAAGUUAAAAAUAUACGAAACAAUAUCUUUGAACAUUCUAACACUGCACUGUAACAACUCAUUUAUGUAUAGGGUAGGAUCACCGGUCGUGGCCAUAGCACCAGUUAUGACCAUAGUUGAAACGAUAAUAAAUAAA